UCAACCAUUUGAACCAUUUGAACCAUUUGAAUCAUUUGAAUUACGUUGGCUCGAGAUUAAAAAUCUCAAGGUUGGAGAUUCGCCAGUAGUCUGCUAUGGAGGUACCAUACAUAAAUUGGAUGAAGAGUAUCAGUGUUUAUGAAAGCCCCUCUCACAUCUACCUUGUUGGUUCUAAUGUUGGAGAACGCUAUUUCCGAAUUCUUAAGAUCGCUCGUGCUCCUGUUCCCUUGAGGGAAGGUCACUUAUGGUUGGAUAAAGAGUGUAGUGCUUCUGAAGCAACUGUUGAAGCAGAAAGUUUAGUUGAUCGACUAUGGCGUUUGAGUAUAAUUGAGGAUCCUCAUAUUUAUUCCAAAUCAGAAUUAGCACGAAUACUUCAUGCUAUCCAGGCAACUAGUCGACAUUUCCAUCCGCAAACUAGUUCUCAUAGUAACGACAAGUUGGAGGCAUCAAAAUCUCCUAAAUGGUCACGUUUUACUUCACUUUUUUCAAAGCAUCGAUCUCAGGAACAUUUGCCCAAAAUCGACGAAACUUCAUCUAUUUCGAAUUCAAAUAUAUCUGACGAUAUGCCUUCUAAUCCAAAAGAUUUACAACAAGCUGCAGCUUCUGCUCUGUUCACUGGUAGCAGUAAACGUUCUCUAGUUUUAGUUACAAAAUGCUAUGGGGUCGUUGGAGUUGUACGAUUUUUACGUGGUUAUUACCUUAUCUUAAUUACUAAAUACUCAGUGGUUGCACAAUUAGGUGAACAUCAAAUCUGUAAGGUUGAAGAUACUGCUAUACUUUAUAUUCCUGGGAAUCAUUGUGUUGAUGAAAGCGGACUUGCAAAUAAUGGUUCCAGAAGUCAUUAUUCUUCAAUAUCUUCUUUAAAUAGUACAGUUUCACAAGAUCUUGAUGACGAUUCUUGCUCUAAUGAAGAUGAACAACAAACAGGACUAUUUCAUUUUAUUAAAAGUUCUAUAGGACGUAAAAAACUCUCCAGUGAUGAAAUGCGAUAUUUAAAACUAUUUAGCAGUGUAGAUUUAGCUAGCAAUUUUUACUUUAGUUACACCUAUGAUUUAUCUCAUAGUUUACAAUAUAACAUGGAGCCUUUGUUUAAGUCUGAUCGUCGGGAACAUAUCCAUCUGCUAACAUCGAAAUAUAUACCCAAUGAUAAGUAUGUUUGGAAUUGGAGAUUAAUUCCACCGAGAUUUCGACCAGGGUGUAACCGUAAUGGCCUUCAUCCCAUUAGUGAUCAGCCUGAAUGGUUCACUUUGUUAUUUCAUGGUAGUGUUAGUCAAAUAGCCUUAUCUGCUUGCCGAAUGCCAAUGAUGAUUACUCUUAUUGCUCGUAGAUCAAGGCAUUUCGCUGGUCGGCGAUUUUUGAAACGUGGUGUUAAUCUAGUUGGCGAUGUUGCAAAUGAAGUGGAAACAGAACAAAUAGUACAUGAUAGCUCAUAUUCAUUUCUUCGUCAUGGACGCGUUUCAUCUUAUGUACAAAUGCGUGGUUCUGUACCGUUAUUCUGGUCACAAGAAUCUUCUAAAGUUGUUGUUGGCAGACCACCUUUAGAAAUUUUACGUGAUGAUCCAUUCUAUGAAUCGAUGGGUUUACAUUUCGCCAGUUUACUUAAACGUCAUGGAUCUCCAGUUAUUGUACUUAAUUUGAUGAAAAAACGAGAGAAAAGACAAUUUGAAAUAAUUUUAUCUGAUAGAUUUGAACGUGGAAUUACCUAUUUAAGUCAAUUUUUACCUUCUAGAAUUCCUCAACCGUCUGAUUCAUUAAAUACACUUUUUAUUGAAACAAUUGAUAGUAGUCCACCUAUAAUGUAUAUUGGAUUCGAUAUUGCUCGUGUGCAAAAAAUGAAACGUACUGUUGUUUUAAAUAAAUUACAGCCUAUUAUAGACAAUUGUGUACGUCGUACUGGAAUAUAUUUUUCAUCAUCUGCUUCUUUACCAAUAUCAGAAAUUCAAUUUGAAAAACACAGAACAAUUGGUUUCAACUCUAAACAAUGUGGAAUAAUCCGAGUAAACUGUGUAGACUGUUUGGAUCGAACUAACACUGCACAGUUUGUUAUCGGUCGAGUUGUUUUAGCUUAUCAAUUGUAUGGAUUAGGCUUUUUGGCUGAGCCAGAUUUUAUGGAUAACUCACAAAUCGAUCGAUUAUUACAGGACUUAUAUGAUGAACAUGGAGAUACACUAGCCUUACAAUAUGGUGGUAGUCAAUUAGUGCAUAAUAUAAAUACUUAUCGUAAAAUAAAAAAGCUCUCGAGUCAUUCUCGUGAUUUUGUUCAAACAUUGUCACGAUAUUAUUCGAAUAAAUUUUCUGAUUGGGAAAAACAGUGUGCAAUAAGUUUAUUUUUACGUAUUUAUCGUCCUAAUUUAUGGUCUGGUACACUAUAUGAUUUUAUAAAAAACCACCUAAUUCCGAGGUAUUCAAUAAAUGAGACUGAUACAUUAAAAUCAGACAGUUAUCCAUCUAACAUACUAGCUCUCUUUCAUUCAGACACAGAUCAAAUUCUAGCCAUUGUCGCUGCUUCAUUGUCUGGUUGUAUAUGGGAUAUGUGCAGUGAUGCUUAUUUGCAUUGGUUGGACGCUUGGGCACGUUUGCCAACAAGUCGCUUUUCACUAACUGAUUGGUGCUCUCGUGAUCUCUUACAAUGUUUACCCAGGGGAAUGGAUAUAACACAAAAGUCAGAUCUGUAUAGUAAUCGAUGCCUUGUGUUACCAUCAAAUGAUAUCAGGGUUGAUUGGUUCAAUGAAUUUUAUGAAUUAACAGCUUAUGUUGAUUUGGACCGUUUCUCAAACCCCCAUAUCCGGUCAACUGAACUUGUUGUUGAACAUCAUUUAGGUGAUUAUAUAAUGCCGCAGUCAUAUCCAAAUUCACAGAUCAACGACCAAAUACAUUCGCAUCAUAGCAACAAUAAUAUUAUAAAAUACAUGUCUGUUCCUGAAAAAGAUCAGCUUACUAAUUUCAGUUAUCCUACAUUAUCAAAUAUUUACAUGGAUUUAGGUCGUUCAAUAUGUGCUGCGCAUUCAUUUCCUAAUUUUACUGAUAUACCACAUUUUGAUUGGGCUGCUAAACAAAGUAAUCUUUCGUCUAAAUAUUAUAAAGAUGGCAACAAUUCAAAUGAAGCAUUGAAUCAUUCAAUUAGUAAUGUUGAAUUAAACAAAACAAAAAAGUUGAAAAAAGUAAAGGAUCAAUGUCCAAUAAAUAAUAAUUUCGAUGAUAAAAAAAACAAACGACAACAAGAAAAAGCUGCUGUUGUUGCUGACGAUGACGGUGACAAUGUUGAAGAUAAAUCUAGUUCAGAUAGUGAUUAUGAGGAGUCGAUAGAUAAUUGUAUCAAUUUCUUUCCGCCCGAUUUGAAUUUGUUUCCAUUGCCUCUUGAUCCAGACUUAUCAGUAAUACAACCUAAACGUCUACCUGACAAAUAUUUUGAUAAUAAAGGAUAUUCUGUGAGUUAUCCGUAUACUUCUAAUUCUACAAAACGUCAAAAGCGGAAACAAAUAACAGUUGACCAACUUGUUAAAUCCAAAGAAGAUCCUGAAUCCAUCUAUUCAAACUGUGUAUCGUCAUCUGAGAUCAUGUUGAAUUUACCAAAUAAGCAUGUCUAUGAAGAUUAUCUUCGUACAGAUUUUACUAAACACUCAAUGCAAACUGAUAAUUAUUAUAUAAAUAACACUUUAUCAUCGUCGUCUUUAUUGCCUAUAGAUAAAACUUCACUUGAUAUUUAUAAUAAUUAUGUUCAAAUGAAUAAUAUUGGCUUGUGUAAUAUAUCCAAAAACAGUAUGAAUAUCUAUAAGGCAACAGCUUAUUUGACAUCACAGUUAUUAUACUGAUACAGAAGUAAAAGGCUGAUAUUUUUCAAUCCAACUUAUUUUAAUUCUCUUACAGUAUCAAAUAUUUAAAAUGGUCACUUUACCGGUUACUAAUUUUUCCUCAAAAUGUAUAAAAUCAGAUAGUUUUUUUAUUUUCAUACCUAACUUUAUUAUUCACUUACUCAUAACCAUACAUUAUGUGUUGAUUUGACUUUGUUUUUUUCUCCUACUCUUACCAUCAAUACUACUGAUAAUGAAGCUCACUCAGUGAUAUGUUAUUAAUUUCUAUUGUGAGAUGUAGUCACAAUUACCUUAAUAAAUUACUUGAAGAUCUCGAGUUAGACGUCUGAAGAUCAUCAUAACGAUGGAAAUGUAUUCAUUCUUAAUCUCUUUCUCUCUCUUUUUGAAAAUCUUGAGUUAAAUGCAAUAAUGUGCCUUACUUAAUAUUCAUUCCCCUUAUUUUGUUUCUUUUUGAGUUGAUUUUGUUUUAUUUAGUCUUCUAAAAUAGUUGUCAUGACAAUUAUUUCUACUUCUUUCUAUUUCUAUUUUAUUAAUCGACUUUCAAUUGUACCUGACGUGUAGAAUGGGACUACUUGAACUUAUAGAUAUUUGUAUUUAAUCUUCUAUUGUUUAUCACUAACUGAUUGAUUUAUUUUAAAGUAAAUUCAGACAAUUAAAAUGAUUUUUAUGCAUAAUAUAACAAUAUAACUGGAUUUCACUGCUAGCCACUAUCCAUCUUUGCUUACAAUGCUUGUGAAUUAAGGCUAUAUCUAGGCAAAAUGCACAUAUGCCA